AUGUUUUUAACAUUUUUUAAUCUUUUAAUAUUGAUUUAUUUGUCAUUAACAAAAUGUUCUUCUUCUUCUCAUUUUUCUAAUAUUGUAAUUGAAAAGGUUAAAAUUAUUGUUGAUUCUGUUAAAGUUUUUAUUGAGGAUGAAAGUUUAAAGAAUUAUUCAAAUAAUAAACCAAUAUGUGUUUUAGUUUUACAUAGAGGAGACUGUAGAGGACCAAAAAUUAAACAAAAUGAUAAAAUAAGUUGGCAGGAACAAAUUUGUUUUUUGUGGAGAUGUAUUAGAACAACAGAUAAAUUAAUUAUGAAAAUAUUUGAUUGUUGGGCAGGUAGUGAAACAAGUCCUAUAAAAUUAAUUGACAAUAAUGGAUAUACUAGAGAACAAUCUUUGGUUAAUUUUUUAAAUUAUUUGGUUUUAUUAACUCCAAAUAUUCCUCUUUACAAUUUAUUAUCUCCAUUUUUUCUCGUAUUUUUUAUGGAAAAGAAAGAGGAUUUAAUUUCAAAAAAAAUUUUUUUAAAUAAUUUCUAA